GUUCGGACCGCUCGCCCACAGGCUUUUUUUUUAUUUCUGGUUCCCGGUGCAAACGUCCCCGAGUCCGCGCCCCCUGCCAGCGCCGACCAUCCGCGGGGUGAUCGUGGUGCGACUGACACGCCAAGUUUCGCCCGGAGCCCAGUGCGGCACGGGUUCAAACUCGGCGGCGGAGUUGUUUCACAUCGCGAGGAUCGCGGAGAAAGUCCGCGUCGUGCUGUGAGUGGUGACGUCGAGAACCACUGCGUGCUCCGCUCCCCGGGGUUCUCUCCGGCGGUCGGGUCUCUUCGAUCCGGUGCUGUGAUUGAUAUGUGCCUGCCGGAACUCGGAUACGGCGACGGACCAGCCUGAACGCCGCUUCGCUCCCUGAGCGCGGACUUGACCCCGUUCACAGCGUCCCCAUUGGAGGAUCCAUGACGGGCCGCAGCGUCAGCGGGGUGCAGCGUGCGCAUGCGCGGAGGGAAGCGACAUCUUUCGGCGGCCACCAGCAGCACUCGCAGCAGUCGCGGCCGAGUCGCAAGCUGAGCAGGAUGGACUAUUGCGGCGCUGUGGCGCUCGUCUCUGGAUGGGCAUGCCUGCUCUACUGGAACACGCUCGAGGCGGACUUUGCAUACGACGACAGCCGCGCCAUCCGGAGCAACCAGGACCUGCUGCCCAGUUCGCCGCUCGCCUCGCUGUUCCGCAACGACUUCUGGGGCACGCCGCUGACGCACAGCGGAAGCCACAAGUCGUACCGGCCGCUGUGCGUGCUCUCAUUCCGGCUCAACUACCUGCUGGGCGGCUACGAGCCCCGGGGUUACCACCUGCUCAACGUGCUGCUGCACGCCGUCGCGUCGGCCCUGUUCACGGCCCUGGCGUCGCGGUUGUUCCUGCGACAGUGGCGGCCCACGCUGCUGGCGGGGCUGCUGUUCGCCUCCCACCCCGUUCACACCGAGGCCGUGGCCGGCAUCGUGGGUCGCGCGGACGUGGGCGCCUGCCUCUUUUUCUUGGCCGCGCUGCUCUCGUACAUGCAGUACUGCAAGUACCGGGAUAAGGACCCCGGCGAUGCCAGCUUCCAGCGCCGCUGGGUCCUCCUAUACCUGUCGCUGGCGCUCGCCGGAUGUUCCAUGCUCACCAAGGAGCACGGCAUCACCGUGCUGGCGGUGUGCGCCGUCUACGAUGUCUUCAUCAACCACAAAGUGGCACCCAGGGACCUGCCUUCUCUGCUUGUCAGCAAGCGCCACCCGGGCCUGUGGGAAGGCCUGCUGCACCUGUGCUUCGCGGGUGUCACGCUGGUGGGACUCCGGCUGCACCUGAUGGGCGCCCGGGCGCCGGACUUCGCACCCGCCGACAACCCCGCUGCGGACAGCGAGAGCGUGCUUACGCGCUCACUCACCUUCCUCUACCUGCCGGUGUUCAACCUGUGGCUCCUGCUGUGCCCGCGCUGGCUGAGCUUCGACUGGUCCAUGGAGGCCAUCCCGCUGGUGCAGAGCCCGACGGACCCGCGCAACCUUGCCACGGCCGCCUUCUACGCGACGCUGUUCCAGCUCAUGUCGCACCUGGUGCGCCUGGCCAACUGGAGGCGCGCCGCGCUGCCCUGCAGCUGCGCUUUCCCGCAGAAGCCUCAGCCACCACCUUCCCUGCUCGCUUUGUCCAACGGCGCCAGGCCCGGCGCCAUCGGCAAGCGCUUGUACAACAUCAACAACAACAAUAACAACAACAACGGCAGCAGCAACGGUGCCAACGGCUACCACAACGGCACGUCGUUCCUGGCGUCCCCCUGGAACUGUGGCGCCUGCUCGUCGUCGUCGUCGUCGGCGUCCUCUGCGUCGUCCGAGUGCUCCGAGUCGAGCUGCGCCGUGGGCGGCUCGCUGUCCAACCAGCACCUGGACGCCACCGUCUUGGCGCUGGCCAUGCUGGUGCUGCCCUUCGUGCCGGCCACGAACCUCUUCUUCUACGUGGGCUUCGUGGUGGCCGAGCGUGUGCUGUACGUGCCCUCGAUGGGCUUCUGUCUACUCGUGGCCGUCGGGGCGGACCAGCUGUGCGCGGGGGCCAGGCGCAGGGCCCAGGGGGACUCGGCGCUGCGCAGGCUCGUGCUGGCGGCCUGCGUGGCGCUCCUGCUGCUCCUGUCGCUGCGCACUGUGCGCAGGAACCGCGACUGGCUCACGGAGGAGGACCUGUACCGCUCGGGAAUCGACGUCAACCCGCCCAAAUCCUAUGGCAACCUGGCGAACAUCCUGAGCGCUCAUGGCAAGAAGGCGGAGGCCGAAUGGGCCUACAAGAAGGCGCUCACCUACCGCUCCAACAUGGCGGACGUUCACUACAACCUGGGAAUCCUCCUUCAAGAGCAAAACCGCCUUGAAGAAGCUCUACAGAGCUACAAGCUGGCGAUACAGUUCAGGCCACGGCUGGCCAUGGCACAUCUAAACAUGGGCCUUGUCCUCGGCAUCAUGGGAAGGAAAGACGAAGCUGUUGAUGUGUACCGGCACUGCGCCCAGUUGGACAGCGCGGGUCUCAAGGAUCCCAAGACUCACGAGAGCACCAAGAUCUCGGCUCUCUUCAACCUUGGUAGGCUCUACGCCGACGAGGGAAAGUACAAGGAGGCUAUUCGAGUUUACCAAGAAGCGGUCGCCAAGAUGCCGGACCACUAUCAACCCCAGUCCCUGUACAAUAUGAUGGGUGAAGCCUACUUCAAGCUCGGCGAGUACACAGAGGCUGAACGCUGGUACAAAGAGGCGCUUCGAGCCAAGAAUGACCACAUUCCAGCGCACCUUACGUACGCCAAGCUUCUCUCCAAGUGGAACCGGCCGUCCGAAGCGGAGCAGUGGUUUCUCCGUGCUAAAGGCUUGGCCCCCAACGACUCCAGCGUUUAUCAGCAUUACGGUCAAUUCUUGUCUGAGUCAGACAGGCACACAGAAGCAGCGGAGCUUUAUCUGCGGGCCGCGGAGCUGGCCCCGGACGAGUACGAGAUUAUUUUCAACGCUGCAAACACGUUACGGCAAGCUGGGAGGAACGCCGAAGCAGAGGCAUUCUACUACACCGCAGUCAAGUUGAGACCUCGGGAGGUCACCAGCCACAUGAACCUGGGUGCCAUGCUGCACGUGAACGGGAAGCUCCUGGAGGCCGAGUCCAGCUACCUGGAGGCCCUCCGCCUCAAGCCAGACGACCCCAUCACGCAGAACAACCUGCAGAAGCUGCGCAACCUGCUGGCUCAACGGGGUCUCCGCUCCGAUGGGCUCGUCAACAAGCUGUAGCCACCAGCGUCGUGGAACGUCUGAAACCGAAACCACCGAGCUAGUGCCGCCGGAACCGGAAACGCUGUCCGGCUUUGCUUCCCCGCACUUGCGCGGACCCCACGGAGUGACCCGCCGCCGCGCCGCUGGUGGCGCCAUCUAACGACUCACUCGCGGACAUGCCCCGAAAGCGUAUCCGAGCGCGGGAUCUUCGCCGUGCAGCUGUGCCCCACUCGCGAACUGACAAUGAGAACGCUUCGGAGCGCAAAGCCUAGUCAGUGUUGGAGCUGCAAUCUCCGUGCGGUGGCAGACCGAUUGAGUACCUUCGGCCUGUUUCCUUUUGGCCUCGGCACAAGUCUGAGUCACGUGGGGUCUCCUCGGGGUGCUCACAAAUACUCCCGCCCUAAAGGCCGGGGCGCGUUCUUUCGAAGCCGCCGGUGGCUCCGAAGAACUAGCCUUCACGCAGUGUGUACGGAAAUUGUGAGCUCACGCGACGUUUUCGGUCCAACAGAGUGUCGACUCACUAACGCUACGUGGGAGUGGAACGAACGAACACAGCCCGCAUCUCACCGGUCUAGCUUGCCGUGCCGACGCACCUCUCGCAAUAUCGCACAAAACUAUAGUCGAGUGCGGUCCUCGGCUAUGCUCGCUCCGAGCGUAACCGAAAAAGAGACCGCGUUCUUUUUUUUGAAUUUCGUUUCUCGCUUUUCCGCUUUCAGUUCGUCUCCCUCCACGAGCAUGACGUCUAGUCAGAAGUGCCGACGACAUAGCACGACUUCCACGAGUAUUUCUCGUCCCUUCGGUGAUCCCAAAGCCCGUGGACGCGCCGGACAACUGUAGCUGCGAAUAGGAGAAGACGGACGAGAGAAGAUGAAAUCUAUAUUGAGUUGUUGUGAUACACGCCUCGGUUGCUUUUCGCAUAGCUCUCUCGACCAAACUCUGGCUUCCACCACCACUCGAGCGGAGCGUCGCACUCCGCCGCCCCGCCGGCGUUCCCUCCCUUCUAUUUUUCGUCGAGGGAGGGACGGCCCGCUUUCCGAGGCGCCAAAUGCCGCCGCCCCAGUUGCGUGUCUCCCCUCCCUAGCCGCCGCUCGAGCUCCAGGGAGCGUUCUUUGUGAUAUGUGACCACUUGGAUUCUAGUUUUCUAAGCAAGAUAGUAGCUGCUUUGCGUUGCGGGCAUCGAGCUAGCUUCCCUGCGCCGACGGCCGAGGACGAGUCGGCUCCCCCCUCCUCGAGCGUCUCCCGAGGGCCCGCACGUCCGUCGCGGCUCCGUGGCAGCCGGAAUGUCGGCGGGGAGCUCCGAGUCGGCCGCAGUGUCACGUUGCGUGUACCAGGUUCUCGGCCCAACCCGGAACGCGAUUGUUCGUGCCUGGUUCUUCGUAGCGUAUACUUCUCGUCAUCGGCGGCACAUUUCCGCGUUGCAUUUUCAUUUGUUACAUGAGCCGCACUCCGGUAAUCGUUUCCAUUUUCUAGCGCCAACGUGAAAGCCAUUGAAAUCGGCGGGAAAUGAACAGCGAACAGAAAUAACAGUUGAUGACACACUUUAGGGUCUUUGAAAAUCUCAAAUCGGAAAAAAAAUCUGGAAACAAUUCAGUUCUUAGGAUUCCCAUACUCCUCCAAGUCUCCCUCUUUCAGAUAUACAAAAAAGAAAGAGACACAGAGGUAAAAACACUUCUAAAUGUGAUUUCAAUUGUGUACGUUCUGUUGGGUUUUUAUUUUUGCCGCGUGCUGCAACAGAUAGCAAUCGUUCGGUCGCCACAGUCCAGUUUCUUGAGAUCUUCAGUUACGUCCACGCUCGACACGCGCUAAUUCGGCCGAGUCAGAAGAAUGAACUCUUCACUUUCUUCAAACGAUAACCGAUGAUUGUAACCUACCCAUAUCGCGGUGUUUUUUGGUCAAAAAUAAGCCCCCGCGCGCACGCACACACUCGCGCAUAAACGAAUUUGUGGAACGGCGCUCAGUCACAAUCAGCGGGGAAAGUGGAGCGAAAAGCCGAUCGACGUGCGGGCCUCCUAACGUCGGGCGUCAGCAGCGAGACCUUUUGGGCAUUCUAAGACGCAACACAACGUCGUUUCCUUUUUUUUCUUCUUUUUUUUUUUUUAUGGCCGCACAAGUUGGCUCAUUUUGGGAGCGACGUCGGGCGUGGCCCGGCCACGCGCGAGCAUUGCCUAUACCUGUUGUGUACAUAGCAAAGUCUUCGCACCUUGGAGUGGAUGAAAUCAGGCGCGUCUCCGCCUGUACGACGACGCGGGGACGCCGAAUGUUUUUGGUCGCACGAAUUCCGCGUUCUUUUCCUUUUUUCGUCAGGAGGCUUCUUUGAGCGGGCGACCGCGCCUGUCGUGCCUCUCCCGUCGAGGCGCCUGUUUAACUUAUUUCUAUUUAUUGCCGUCGUCUUCGGUUAGGGUGGUACCCGACGGAAGAGUUUCGGCGGUGAACCCAGCUGUCGGUCCCUGGCGCGAGUCGACCUUGACCGGGCGACUUCGGAGACGGAGCGAAGGAAGUGUGCGCUGGAGAUCGUGCAUGAAUUUUGAGAUGUGCUCUGUCGGGAAAUGUGUAUACGCGAGAUUGAAAGUGACAAAAAAAAAAUAUCUAGGCUUUCCUAAAAUUCUGUACAAUACAUUACAAUAUUUACAAAUAAAUUUUUGAAUCUACGUU